CCGGCCUUGGCAGCCCAGUGCGCAGGCACGGUGAGCUCCGCUCCUUGGGAAGGAUAAUAAUAGGUGGUGUGUGAGGCUCCUCUGGCUCAGAGGGAUGGGACCCGUACGAGGACGGAUCUGCAGCUAGCAGCACGGCUCUCCCGGCAUAGCAGGUACUGGGAAAGGUCAUAAGGAUGAGUUCGUGUGCUGACAUCUGUGGGUCCAAGCAGUCACAAAGCACUCCUGAAGGAGGAUACCAUCGCUAUGGAGUUCGGUCCUACCUGCACCAAUUUUAUGAGGACUGUACAGCUUCAAUAUGGGAAUAUGAUGACGAUUUUCAGAUCCAGAGAUCGCCCAGUAGGUGGAACUCUAUAUUCUGGAAGGUCGGACUCAUAUCGGGCAUUGUCCUCAUGCUGACAGGUAUAACGGUUCUUGCUGUUGGGUUUCUGGUGCCACCUAAAAUCGAAGCCUUUGGAGAAGAAGAUUUUGUUGUUGUGGACAGUCACGCUGUCCAGUUCAAUGGAGCGCUCGAUGUUUGUAAAUUGUCAGGUGCCAUUAUGUUUUGCAUUGGAGGAACAACACUGGCAGCAUGUCUUCUGAUGUCUGCUUUUGCUAAAAGUUACUCCAAAGAGGAGAAGUACCUGCAACAAAAAUUUAAAGAGAGAAUAGCAGACCUUAGGGCUCAUGUUCACCCUGUUACAAAGGCUCCGACUCCAGGAGAUUCGAAGAUACCUGUCACUCUCUCCAAAGUCCAAAAUGUCCAACCUUCAUCUGAAACCUGACAUUUACCUGUCAUUGUAAACACCAUUAAAAUGAAAAGGUCAGCUUUUGUGUUACAGUAAAAAGUCUUAUUUUGCUGUACAGUUUAACUGUACUUGGCAGGAAACUAUAUGAAUGGGCCAAAUAAUAGCAAAAUGUGAAAA